CGCACUGGGCGUCAUUCGUCAUUCACGCGUGUAGAUCAGAUUUCAACGGACUGUCAGCGUCUCGCGAGCAGGCCCGCGGUAACUACAAUGGCACCCGGAAAAACACUCAUCUCUCCCGUUUGUCCUAAAUAUCCCAGCUAAAAACAUGCGCGUUUUUAUCGCUUGAGUUACGUUAGUGAUUCAGCUGGUCAAGCGCGCGCAGGUCGCUGCUUUAAUAAUUACGGUUUGAAGAUGGCGGAGUAUUCUCCUGUGAUGCGGGAUGACGGAGGAUGCGCGCGGUACGGACAGCCGCUUUUCCCCAGAUCCCGGUCCGGUUCCGAGUCGGACAGCGAAUUAUCUCAGAGUUUGGCCCGCACGAAGACGCGUUCCUACGGGAGCACCGCGAGCGUCACGGCGCCGCUGGGAGAAACGUACAUAGAGCAUCGGGUCUCGGACGGAGACACGCUGCAGGGAAUUGCGCUCAAAUACGGCGUUACGAUGGAACAAAUCAAGCGUGUGAAUAAACUCUUCAGCAAUGACUGCAUAUUCCUGAGGAACACUCUCAAUAUUCCUGUGAAACGUGAGAAGCGUUCCCUGUUUAACGGACUGUCUUUGGAGUCACCCGACAGUGAGGGAAACACGCCGCAGGAGUUGCCGUGUGUCAGUCGGGACGUGGACACCCCGUCCCCUCCGCCGGAAGAGUCGGUCCCAGAGCCCGACACCCGACCAGUGCAGACCGAGGAGCUCUCUGCUAAAGACUUCUUACAUCGGCUGGACUUACAGAUCAAACAGUCCAAACAAGCCGCACGCAAACUUAAAGAGGACUGCGGGAGGGAGGAAGAUGACCCAACACUCUUGGCAUCAUCAUAUCAGGAAAUCUGAUGUCGUGGUCUUCAGGAGUUUUCAGAUACCUCUUUAUCCUGCUCCUUGUUUUUUUGUUUUGUUUUGCAGCACGCAUUCUGUUGUGCUAAGGGUCCGUCAUUGCCUUCUCCAGCAGUAUUCCAGUGAUUUUAAUCCAGAUUUUAAGCAUUAUUGUUCCUCACAUGUGGAUACAGCAGCAGGGUUUGUCUUCUUCUGAGAAAUGUUUUUACACUGUCUCUGCUUACGAAAUAUUCUCUAACAUACUGUCCCAAAGGUAAAUCAAGCCCGUCUGCUGGUUUUUAAUCACUUCUUACUUUUUCAUUGGCCUAUUAAAAGUUUUACGUGUGGCUUUGAGAGGGAUGUGUCAUGACUGUUGUGUUUCUGUGUGGAUUGUACAGAAUAAAAGCUUCUGUAAACUGAU